AUGACCCUCGAUCUCCAAGAAGUGUUUGAUUUUGCUAUUGCGCUUUCGAAGAAGGCCGGCGCGGCCAUCGUCGAAGGUUCAGAGACGCGAUUCAAGAAUGCCACCGGCUUUGACGAGAAAAAGAACACGGCCGAUUUGGUUACGGAGACGGACCAAAACACUGAGAAACUCGUGUGCGAGGCCAUCAAGGCCAAGUACCCUGACCACAAAUUCAUUGGAGAGGAAAGCUGGGCCGCUGGCGAGCAGCAUGCGCUGACCAACGAUCCCACAUGGAUCAUCGAUCCCAUCGAUGGGACGACGAACUUUGUCAAGGGGUUCCCGUUCGUCUGCAUUUCCAUCGGCUUCGUGUACCAUGGCGAACCGACCAUCGGUGUGAUCUUCGCGCCGUUCCUCGGUCAGCUGUUUGCCGGUCGCAAGGGCCAUGGCGCCUUCACGACUUCGCCGCUGCAUCCCGAGCGUCGUACGCUGCCGCUGGUGCAGCCACCGCCGCUGCCUACGUUCAAGCAGGCGCUCAUUGCCUUUGAAUGGGGCUCCGACAGGUCGCUGGAGGUGAUGGAAAAGAAGGCUCGCUCGUUCCAGCGCCUCGUCGGCGACGCCCAGAGCGGCGUCCCUGGAGGUGAAAUGGCGCUGGGUGUGCGUUCCAUGGGCUCGGCCGCUCUCAACUUUGCCCAUGUCGCCAUGGGCGCCCUGGAUGCCUACUGGGAAAUUGGAUGCUGGGCCUGGGACGCGGCCCAGGCGGCGUACCCGCCGCGCGUCACACCCGACGUGCUUACCGGCCGCAAGUAUCUCGUGGUCCGUGCGAUUGGCGAUACACCGUCCGAGUCAGGUCGUGAGGCCCAGAAGCGCUUCGUACGUACAUUCUAUGGCGCUGUGGAGGAAUGGGAUCCAUAG